GAACCAGCAGACCCACAGUUCCCACCUGCCUCGGCUCGCCAUGUCGCGUCCACGCCAGCCGCCGUUGGUCACGGGCAUCUCGCCCAAGGAGGGGCCAGCCUGGACCAAGGUCACCAUCCGAGGAGAGAGCCUGGGCACGGGUCCAACAGAUCUGAUCGGUCUGUCGAUCUGCGGCCACAACUGCAUGCUGACAGCCGAGUGGAUGUCGGCCAGCAAGAUCGUGUGCCGCGUGGGUCCUGCCAAAGACGACAAGGGAGAGAUCAUCGUCACCACCAAGUCCGGGGGUCUGGGCACCUCAACGGUCUCAUUCAAACUGCUCAAACCGGAGAGGAUCGGUAUCCUGGAGCAGUCGGCGGUGUGGGUGGACGAGAUGAACUACGACACCAGGAGGGACCGCAACAAAGGACUCUCCCCGCUCUCCCUGGGUCCUGGCAACCCGCUGGGCAUCGAGAUGGACAAAGGCAGCGUCUCUAAAGAAGACCUGCCGUCCAUUUUCCCUGAAAUGAGUCCCGACUUCACUAAAGAGAACUUCUCUGCAACCUGGUACCUGAUCGAGAACCACGCAGGCACCAGUUUUGAAAACCUGAAGGCUGCAGCGAAUAAUCUGAAAAAACAAGCCACGAAGAAGAACGAGGGCAGCCUGGGCUACGUGAAAGGAGGCCUCAGCACCUUCUUUGAGGCUCAGGACGCUCUGUCAGCUAUCCACCUGAAGCUGGAAUCCGACGGCACGGAGAAGGUGGCGGGGUCGAUGACUCAGCGUUUAGAAAACAUCCUGAACCGCGCGAGCGAUACCGCAGAUACGCUCUUCCAGGAGGUCCUGGGACGGAAAGACAAGGCCGACUCCACACGCAACGCGCUCAACGUCCUGCAGCGCUUCAAGUUCCUCUUCAACCUGCCACUCAACAUCGAGCGCAACAUCCAGAAGGGAGAUUACGACGUGGUGAUCAACGACUACGAGAAAGCCAAGUCUCUGUUUGGCAACACGGAAGUGACGGUUUUCAAGACGGUCUACGCGGAGGUGGAGACCAGAAUCGAAGCUCUGAGGAGGCUACUGCUGGAGAAGCUGCUGCAGACGCCGUCAACGCUUCACGACCAGAAACGCUACAUCAGGUACAUGUCGGACCUGCACGCCCCAGGUGACCCGGCGUGGCAGUGCAUCGACGCUCAGCACAGGUGGAUCCUGCAGCUGAUGCAGAGCUGCAGAGACGAGUUCAUCGGCGGCCAGAGAGCGGGGGGCAGAGCUCUGGACCUGGAGGGCGACGCCCGCUCGUCCACCCUGGGCAGGAUCGGCCACUCUGCGUCUCUGAAGAGAGGGGGCAGCCUGCGAGCGCAGCGACCCAGCACCUGGCGCCUGGAAACGCCGCAGCCGGUGCAGUUCGUGGAGAAGCUCUCGGACGUGGUGAUCGGCCAGCUGCCUAACUUCUGGAAGCUCUGGAUCUCUUACGUUAACGGGAGUCUCUUCAGUGAGACCGGAGAGAAAUCUGGGCAGGUUGAGAAGUCCAAGAAGAACGCCAGGCAGAGACAAAACGACUUUAAAAAAAUGAUCGAGGAGCUGACCAACAGGCUGGUGAAGCUGAUCCGGGGGGCUCUGCUGCCGACCACCCUGCCUCGAGCCGAGCUGGGCGUUUACGGGGGCUGGGAGGACAAAARGGAGCUGACGGGAGCCUGGCUGACGCAGAUCAUACACACCGUCAGGGGCUGUCACGAAGCUCUGUCAGCUCUGGAGAUCCCCAACGAUCUGCUACAGGUCAUCCAGGACCUGCUGCUGGAGCUGAGAGUCCACUGCCUCAUGAUGACCCUGCUGCUCACCACCGAAGAUGUGAAGAGGCURGCUGAGAAGGAAGAUUGGCUCGUAGAUAACGAGGGAAUCACCAGCCUGCCGGCUAAGUUCGAACAGUGCCUGGUUCAGAUGCUGCAGUCGCUCAGAGAGCCUCUGGAAAUCAAACCUGGAGAAAUGAACGUGCUGCAGUUAGACCAGGUCCAGGACCAGGCUGCAGUUCUCAGUGUGAGCAUCAUGAAGACUUUCAUAAAGUGUUUGGAGCGUCUGAGCACAAACACAGACGGACACUUCGAUGCGCCUCGCUCCGUCUCAGCAGACCUGUCUUCACCGGAUCGAUUCUCUGUCGUCCACGAAGGCUUCAGCCCGACACCUGAGCAGCGUCUCCUCAUCGUCCUCAGUAACUGUCAGUACCUGGAGAGACACACCUUCCUGAACCUGGCCGAUCACUUUGAGAAGCACGGCUUCACYGCGACGGAGAAGAUCACUCGGGUGAGCGUGGACCUGGUGCGGGAGCUGGACAUGAAGCUGUUCGAGGCCUACAUCGAGAGACGGGCCGACCCGAUCGCCGGCUCCCUGGAACCCGGCAUCUACGCCGGAUARUUUGACUGGAGGGACUGCCAGACGCCCACGGGUGUCAGGAACUACCUGAAGGAAGCUCUGGUGAACAUCAUCUCUGUUCACGCUGAGGUCUUCACGGUCUCCAGGGAUCUGGUCCCCCGGGUCCUGUCCAGGAUCGUGGAGUCGGUGGCAGACGAGAUGUGUCGCCUGAUGCAGUGCGUCUCGUCCUUCAGUAAGAACGGCGCCCUGCAGGCCCGGCUCGAGCUCUGCGCCCUGAGGGACGCCGUGGCCGCAUACCUAAACCCCAACAGCAACUCCAGCUUCAAACUGGCUCUGGACUCUCUGCCUCAGCCGCCCAGCGGAGCCGACAAGAAGCUGCUGGAGGAGCUGCUGAACAAGUUUAAGAGCAGCAUGCAGCUGCAGCUCGCCUGCUUCCAGCCCUCCACCGUCCAGCCUGUGAAGAGAUGAAGCUUUGUUUYAUUUCAGCUCCUGUUAUCUGUUCAGUUAUCGCUUCAUUCGUUUCACUUUCUGUUUCACUACACGAUCACAAGUAUCUGCAGCUCAUCUUGAAGACACCAGAUGAGUGGAUUUCAUUGUUACUGUGCAGGACGGUCCCCGCUCUGCUGGCUGUUGGUGCAGCGGGACGUGGCGUCUGCUCUCUGACUGAAUCAAGUUGCUGUAAAUUGUUUUUGUUCAAUAAACUGAGAAAAAAACCA